AUGGCGCGCGCUCUUCCGAAAAGAACGGACUCGCUGCUGGCCAGCAAGAGCUCCCUGUUCAAUGCCAUCGAUGACGACUUGCGGGAUGCCCGCAGAGUCCACUCGCACGGGCAGGAGGAGGACUUGAAGUACGCCCUGCAGAAGACCAUGAGCCGUAUCGAGGAGCUGACUUCGCUGCUAAAAGAAGCCUACCAGACACAAACGGAUCUCCAGACAGAGCUUACGCUAGCCAAGUCUAACCUCCAGCUGGCGCUCUCGAACAAUGAGAUGCUUGAGGACGCGCUGAAGCGGAACCCAGGCCGCGGGCAGGACGUCGGGUGGAAGCGGUGGAGCGCGCGCGAGGAGGAGAACCGGCGGCGGAUCUCAGAGGAGUCGCGCACGAGCGGCGACGAGAUGCACCUGGACAGCCCGCACCCACAGGCAGAGAGCAGCCCGACCUCGCCCGUGAUGCCGCCGCCGAGCGCGAACGGCACGUCCGACAGCCGAUUCUUCAAGUUCCGCUUUGGCAGCGGGUCAGGUAACGCGACGCAGCAGCGGGCGCUGUCGCCUGGAACGAAGACGCUCACGCGCUCGCAGUCGAGCGUGAUGCCAUCCUCCCCCCUCUCCCCUGCCCCCAAUCCAUCACCUCAGCCCUCCCAUCUCGCUUCCGCGUCAUUACCCUCGCUCAUCCCGGCACCCUCCGCAAAGGAGUUUGCAGAGAUGAAGCACAAGCUGGAGAUUGUAUCUAAGCAGCUCGAUGAGGUCAAGAAGGAGCUCGAUCAGGAGCGGACGAAGCGUAAUAGCGUUUCGGAAGAGAAGGAGCGGUUGGAGGGCGAGUUGGAGUCGCUCAGUCAAGCCUUAUUCGAAGAAGCAAACAAGAUGGUAGCGUCCGAGCGCAUCAAACGCGCCGAGACCGAAGAAGAGCUCAAGCAGACCCUCGCGGAGAAGACCGCGCUCAAGGAAGCUCUGCGCUUGCUCGAACGAGAAAAUGGCGAGCUCCGGAGCGCCUCGCGGCCGCAGACACCCGCGAGCGAUGCGGG